AUGAGAGGCACCACCAGUAGCGGGGAUGAAGAUGCGGAAGUGUCGCCGCCAGACGUACCUAAAACAGCGACUCCUCUGCACUCCAGUCGUUGGCCCACGUUUCCACGGAGCGUGAUGGCAGCUCCAUCCAGUGGCAUGGACGGCAGCAGCAGUAGUAACAGCAUUUUUGGUGUGAAUGACCAACAGCCUUGUCCCGUGGAGGUGGAAGUGAAAGAAUACGAAAAAGGGGAGCCCAUGCGUGGACGGGUGGUUUCAUCGAAAACCUCUGAUUGCAGAACCACACGGCUCUCGAGUGAUGUCAUUAAUUUCUGGUGGGAGAGGCGGUACAAGGCGUUGUUUCCGCUAAACUGGGGAAUGUGGUCAAAACCUUACAUCGUGUUAGCCAGAGAUGUCGUUGAUGGCCGCCUUGUCACUACACGACGCUAUUUGUGUCGCCGUGCAACAAAUGCAUCACUGCUGAAGUGCUUGGAAAACGGGGAUUUUGUGAAUGCGUCUUUUAUUCCCUUUACAGCGUCUUGGAAACGGAGAAUGCACGCCCUGCUGAAUCUCCGUCAUACAAAUGUGAAUCCAGUAACAGACAUACUUAUGGAUGAGGAGCGGCAGGAACUGUUGUUGGUGCACCCGUAUGUGGACGGCAUGCAGCCUUUGGCUUCUGUAUUUCACCACCAACCUCAUCUGAUGCAUCGUGAAUUAACCCCUUCCUUGUUACUGCGUAUUCUGCGGAACGUGGUUGACGGCUUGCUCUUUUUGCACCAUCAUGGCAUCAUACAUGGCGCGAUAUCACCAUGGACCAUUCUUCUUGAUGCAAAAGGCCUUGCGUUGGUGACAGGGUUUGGAGUUGAAGAGCUGUGCAUGUACCCGCUAGACGAGAAUCCCACUGGCGGCUCAAUGCAGCCUUUUUACGUGGCACCCGAGGUCAAGCAUCCGUUGUCUCGCUUCCGCCUCGCCACAGUGGCUUCUGACGCCUUCUCCGUUGGCGCCCUUACCUUUGCUCUGACACAGGAGAAGCAGGACGGGGGGGCCUACAUUCUGCUUCGGCAGGCCAUGGUGGGUUUGAUGCAGAGCGACCCCCAGCACCGCAUGACCCUCCACGAACUUUCGUUGCUUCUCACCGAGCUCGAGUCUCAGAACACACUCACAGAAACAGUCUCCCAGGAGUUGAGGAGGCGGAUGGCUGCAGCACCAGCAUCAGCUGAGGGCCCAGCACUGUUUUCAAGAGAAGAACGUGCAAGUCCAUCGUCACCCUGUACAGCUUCUGUGAUGGUUUUUUUGCGGCGAGACUCCUCUCCGCUGCUUCACCGCGAUACGGGGCUGAAGAAAUGGAGGUCAGCAACAAUGACAACAAGGAUGAUGACACACAAGGAGCAAAGGCGUCAUCGUCGGGUCUGUCAGGUUUUGUUCCGAUGGCGCGUUGUCGCUGUCGCCGUGCUUUUUUGCGUUAUCGUCGCUCGUAAGGGCAGAAAACGUCAGCAGGCCUUGGCGGCACGGUUGUUGUCAUCUGCACGACAAGCACAACUUAAAAAAAUGCGAUGCAUGAGUUGUGGUGGGUCUCCUUUGGCGUCAGUGUCGACGACACCACUUCCACGGAGACCCACGAUGCUUGAGAAACGUCGAUCUCGUUGA